AUGUCCGAUUUAGUUAAAGAAAAAGCACCUGCCUUUCCUAUAUCUAAAGUAAAGAAGAUUGCCAAAUGCGAUCCCGAAUACGUUAUUACAUCUAACGCAGCCGUAUCAGCUACUGCGUUUGCUGCCGAGUUAUUUGUACAGAACCUGGUUGAAGAAUCGCUGGUCUUAGCACAACUGAACUCAAAAGGAAAGACAAGCCUACGACUAAGCCUAAAUUCCAUAGAAGAAUGUGUCGAAAAAAAAGAAAAUUUCAGGUUUCUUGAGGACGUUAUUAAACAACUAAAGAAGAAUAGCGCACUGGACAAGAAAAGAGAACUAAAAAGGCAACCGGGUCGGGACGACCAGGAGGCUGCUGAAGAGGAGCCAGAGCUGCAUGAAGAUGGGGGUAUAGAAGAUGAAGAAGAAAGCGAAGAAUCUGAACAAGAAGAGCCCGUAAACGAGGAAGAACUUCUAGACGAUAGUAAAGACUACCAAAAUGAUAAAUCCAAGCCCAGUGUGACAAGCUUAUUGUCAAGAUUUCAGUAUAAAUCCACGCUAGACGUAGGAGAGCACUCCGACUCAUCUGAUUUCGAAACGGAUCAUGCGAAGAGCACAGAUGCUUAG